UUUUAUAAUUUGCUUUUAACCACAGAUUCACUCACAUUCUGUGUAGCAUUAUCACAAACAUCUAAACCUCUUUUCACUUUCCGUCACAAUGCAUCUAGCAAUGGCAGCCAACGCUGUCGUCGCUCCGUCGCCGUUCCAACCCAGCUCGCUUCUCCGGUCAUCUUUCUCCGGCGUCUCCGUUAAGCUCACUCCCCAAUCCCUAACCUUUUCGCGCUCGAGGACCCUCACCGUCUUCGCCGCCACCAAGAAGGCCGUCGCCGUUCUCAAGGGAACCUCCGCCGUCGAAGGCGUAGCCACCCUAACACAAGAAGACGAUGGCCCAACAACGGUUACUGUUCGCAUUACUGGCCUUACUCCGGGGCUUCAUGGUUUUCACCUUCAUGAGUAUGGUGAUACCACAAAUGGGUGUAUUUCGACAGGAGCACAUUUUAAUCCUAAAAAAUUGACACAUGGUGCUCCUGAGGAUGAAAUCCGUCAUGCGGGUGACCUGGGAAACAUAGUUGCUAAUGCAGAUGGGGUUGCAGAGGCUUCAAUCGUGGAUAUUCAGAUACCACUCUCUGGCCCCAAUUCAGUAGUUGGAAGAGCCUUGGUGGUUCAUGAGCUUGAGGAUGAUCUUGGAAAGGGGGGUCAUGAACUUAGUUUGACAACUGGAAAUGCUGGUGGAAGAUUAGCAUGUGGUGUGGUUGGUUUGACUCCAGCAUAAUUAGUGGAGCGAAUGUUUAGUCGUGUUAUUUUUCCGAUGAUGUUUUUUUUUUCUUUCUUUGGGUUACCCCCAUCCCGUGAAGCACGAUGACUCGCUGUUGUUUGCUUUCUUCAGUCGCCAUGUAAACUAUAAAGCAUUAUGUCCAUCAAAAGACAAGUGCGCAAAUGAAUCUUGAAAACAUAUCAGUCCUUCACCGGUGUGCACACCCGAAUAAAAUUCAUCAUGCGGUCAGGUGUUUAUUCCCCCUAAUGAAAUUGAUUUCUGUA